GACCAACACGAGCAGGGCCCCGUUCCCGCCUCCUCAUUUGAGCAGCGCUCGGCUUCCUGGCCGCUGCACCAGAGCAACGCUGCCCAUCGCGUUUGCCUCGCGAUCCCCCUCGGUCUAGCAUCCCCCAUCCACAAUGGCUUCAAAGUUCCUCCGAGAGUACAAGCUCGUGGUAGUCGGCGGCGGUGGUGUGGGAAAGUCGUGCUUAACCAUCCAGCUCAUCCAGAGCCACUUCGUAGACGAGUAUGAUCCGACGAUCGAGGACUCGUACCGCAAGCAGUGUGUCAUCGACGACGAGGUCGCCCUGCUCGAUGUGCUCGACACAGCCGGCCAGGAGGAAUACUCAGCGAUGCGGGAGCAGUAUAUGCGGACCGGCGAGGGCUUCCUGCUCGUCUACUCGAUAACCGACCGGCAGAGCUUCGAGGAGAUCAUGACCUUCCAGCAGCAGAUACUCCGGGUAAAGGACAAGGACUACUUCCCCAUGAUUGUCGUCGGCAACAAGUGCGAUCUCGACGGCGAGAGGCAGGUGUCAACACAAGAGGGCCAGAAUCUGGCACGGCAAUUCGGCUGCAAGUUCAUCGAGACGUCGGCCAAGUCACGCAUCAACGUCGACAACGCCUUCUACGACAUCGUACGGGAAAUCCGCAGGUACAACAAGGAGAUGUCAUCGUACACAGGCGCACCCGCAGGCGGCCAGCAAAACGGCAUGUCCAAGAUGGGCGUAGAAGAGGACCACGAGAAGAAGGGCUGCUGUGGGUGCGUGGUCAUGUAGGAGCUGGGCUAUUGACGCGCAGCUUGAGUGGGAGAAAGAUACCUGUCACCGAUCCGAGCCGGUGGCCCUCGCCGUCACAUGUUGAGGCUUGUUGGGCACAAGAGGAAAACAUUGAUACCUUUAGCACGUACUCUCAGUUUAACUCGUCGUGGUCUAUCUUCGGCCAUCCUUCCCUUCGACUACUACUCUUUGGGUUCGCUUUUUG